UAUCAAGUGAAGGUGCAUACAAUUCCAAUCAUAAGCAAUGGAGGACACCCGCAGCAGCCGACCGGCGGCGUCGUCGCAGUUCAUCUUGCCGUACACGCACAAUCCCUUCGUCUUUCCCUUCAAACCCGCAAACGAUGUCGGCAAGGAAGCGCCGACCUUCUUGCCCUUGUAUCCUGGCGAGACGUGCGUGUCCAAGGUGAUCUUGUCCAGUGCGAUUGGCUACACUCUUGGUGUGGCGAUGGGCGCCUUGUUGAGUUCUUACGAAGCCAUUGCGCCUCCCAUCCCCGUGCCCGGGCAACGCGUGAUGCCCAAGGUUCCGUUCCGCGAAUCCUUGCAAGCGUCGCGACGGUUGAUUUCAGAGAAGAGUUUCUCAUGGGGUCGGAAUUUCCUCCUCUUUUCAGCCAUGACGUCGGGAUUGGAGUGCCUUGUGAGCAAAGGCCGCGGCCGACACGAUACCACCAGCGUCGCACUCGCAGGCUGCGCCACCGGCGCGACUCUGGCGAUGGGUCAAGGGCCCAUGAUGCAGUGCGGGUCAUGUGUCCUCCUCGCGGCUUUCUCGGCAGGCAUGGAGCAGUUCAUGCACAACGAUUAACCAUCAUCCCCCAUCAAUAGUAGUAUACACAAACAUCCGCUGAAUGAAUGUACCUACAUUCUACUCUUCCCA